CCUGGCCAUGGGCCUCGAGUUUUGACUUCAGGGCAUCGUAGUCGGAGGGCAUUCUGUCGUUCGAGCAUCAGCAGGUGGCUGCCGUUCUUCCCAGAAUUAAACUCACAGUCGCUUUCCACGUCAGAUGGUUUUUCUACAUCAACUUGUCAGUCGUCCGGUUUGUCUUGGCAGUGGGAGAGUGGGAGUGUUCUCCGUUCAUUCUUGUCUGCUCUUGUUGGUCCUGCCACCUCUUGGACCUGCCAGGCGUUAACCCUGAAUUGAAUGUGGCUAGUGCGCAUGCGUAUGUCCACGGAGCCACGGACUUAUUGUGCAUUUAGACGUUUUUUUUUUUUGCUCAGAAGAAAGAUGAGUGUUUAUUGGUUAAUUUCCUUAAGACGAGAUGGGAGCCAACAUGGGAGCUUCGAAGUGAAGUGAAAAUAAAGAAAUUUACGAGAGGAAAGAGGAAGAGGCUGGCGGCCACUGGCGGCUGCAGAUGCAGUCAGCAGGGUUGAGUUUCGCGGUUGUAGCCUGUUGGCUGCUGUUGUUGAAUUCUUCGCUUGGCGGUCAAAUGCUUCUAUCACAACAAAGCUUAUUUAAAUACAUUUUUCUGCUUAACUAAGACUGAUUUACACAUUUUAAUAUCACAAUCAACAAAAGAAAUAAUUUCCUUUCACGUUUAUACUGUGUUUUUGGAGACUUAAAGAGAGGAAUUCCCUGAUGUGAUGAAAGACUCCGUGAAUGACUCGUAGAACAAUCGUGAAUGACCGUCGAAUGAAUAUGAAUCCAAUUCAGCAUGAUCAUUCUCAAAUCGAUUUAAGGAGGAGGUGCCGAGUUCUCCUUCAGAGGCUGGAUGAAGAAACAAUCAACCAAAUUAAAAACAAAAAGUAUUGUGGCUUGUGCAACCGAAGUCCAAGCGACCCUUUACUCUAUGGAAAGAUUUACGUCCUUGGCUCUGUCACCGUGCACUACUAUUGCCUUCUAUUUGCGUGCGCAUUGGCUCAAAAAGGAGAAGACACAGAAGGAAUCUUUGGCUUCUUAGAGUCUGACAUUAAAAAACAGAUUGCAAGUGCCGAGAAAGUGAAAUGCAGUUAUUGCGAUGAAGCUGGUGCGUCAAUCAUUUGUGUUCAAAGGAUGUGCAAAAAAGUCUUUCACCUUCCAUGUGGAAUGGAACAUGGUUCUCAGCACAACUAUUUCAAUAAAUUUGAAUCUUUUUGCAAGCAGCACCGACCCAAUAUCAAAAUUCCAUCAAACAUUUUUUACGAAACUGAACCAGCUAUUUGUGCCAUCUGCAUGGAGGAGGCCAAAAAAGACUUGAAAUGCAUACACGUCCUCUGGGCGCCUUGCUGCAAAAAGAACGCAUGGCUGCACAGAUUAUGUGUUCAGAAAUAUGCAUUGAGCUCUGGAUACUUUUUCAAAUGCCCACGGUGCAAUGACAAGGAUGAAUUUAACAAAGCCAUGCUCCGAUAUGGAAUUUACGUCCCCGAAUCAGAUGCCUCUUGGGAGCUUGAAGGAAAUCAGUUUCAAGCGUUGUAUGAAAGAUACAGUCGGUGUGAUGCAGAGUUGUGCCUUUGUCCAAGCGGGAGGGAAGAAGACGAGGAAAUCGGCAACUGGGAAAUUAUACUGUGCUCUGCUUGUGGCUCUCAAGGAAUUCACGUUGGCUGCACAAAAUUUAAGACUGCUCUCAGAAAGUGGUAUUGCACAGGAUGCAAGCCCAUCAUUCAAACCCAGUGUCAAGAUGCUGAAACAACUGCCUUGAUAGACGCCCUCAUAUCUGAUAAUGCUCUCCCUGGUCCUUCCUCCAUAUCUGACCCCAUUCCUUGUGUUGCCGAAGUCCCAGAAGAAAGUGCAGCAGUUGUAGAGAGACUACCAACGGCAGUUCAUCGGACAAACCCCAGACAAGAUUGUUCCCAAUAUUCUACAGAAGCGAUCGAAAUCAUGGUGUUGGACGAGGAGGAAGAGGAAAUAGACAUCGAGAUUCUGGACGAGGUGCCAAGACCACUCCAACCAGUAAUGGAAGAAAUUCAAGAAGUGCGCAGGGUAACAGCGAACACAACAUCAGGAGGCACCUCUUCCGCUAAACCAGUUAGAAAUGUGCCACUUUUUGCCAUUAUUCUUGACGAUGAUGAUGAUGAUAAUGAUGUUGAAACUGAAGAUGAUUUCGAGCCAGAGAUUGUUGAAGAUAUAGAGGACUUGACUAAAUUGAGUGAUAGUGAAACAAGGUUACAGCACCUAGGCUAAGUUUUUAGUUAUAAUUUCCUAAAUUUAGGAAUUCAGUCUUGUUUCUUCCAAAGUAGUCUAAUUUUGGUAUUUAAGUUUGUACACAUUGAAGUUUGCAAACAUUAAAGAAGUUUGGAAAUAAAUGGUGAUUAUUAUUAUUAUAUUUGUAUGAAACUUUUACUUCACUUUCAUAUGAAUUGAAUUCAAUUUCUCAGCUUCUUUACAUAAAUAUCUUUAGCGAUGUACAAAAUAUAAAAGAAAAUAAAAUUUGUAAAUAUUCAUGAAU